AUGUUCAGUGAAAAGAGCAGCACCUCUUUGUCCAAGAAACCUAGCCAGAAAAAGACCAGGCCCCAGGGGCUCCCAUCCCCUGCUCUCUGCUGCGCCUGCGGACUUUGCAUCAUGCUCGCCGGGAUCAACAUCACCCUGGUGGGAGCGUUCGCUUUUGGGACCUUCCUCCCCGUGAACAACCCCCCCAUCAUCAUCGGACCCAUCCUGCUGGUGGUUGCUUUCACAUUCUUCGGGGCCUGCUGCAUCUGUAGCCGGAGACCACCCGCCCAUGGGGCGAGGAAAUCCAAGCCAGGUUCCAACAUCGGGCUCAUCAAACCCGGUAACACGGCCUUCGAGAUAGAAACCAGCGAGCACACGGUGCAGGACACCACCGCCGUGCAGCUGAGCCCAACCAACUCGCCUGUGUCCUCCAGAAAGUCCACACCCGUCCAUGAGAACUCCAAGACCUGCAAACUCUUCACAAUGGAUGGUAACGGGCCGGCGGCAAAAUACACAGCAGGAGGGGAAUCAAUUCAGCUGAACUUGCCUAGAGACCUUAUGACAUCCUAA